ACGAUAAGCAGCGGCUCCGUACGUUUAAUAGGGCGCUUCCAUUUCCCCCUCGCCUGUGACCGCGAGAAGAGCCUUCAAUCCUAGCUCUACCCCUGCUGCUUUGAGAGAGCGUAGCCGUGCCAAGGAAGAGGGAUCCAGACGGUGGCGGAGAAGGAUCAUGAUUCCUUUGGUGGCGAUCGCCCGGCGGGGCUUUUUGGGGGGCGGCAUGGGCUGUGGUGUUUUCCUGUCUCGAGGCGUGCAGACAAGCAUCCAGAGACUUCAAGGGUUAGAAGAGAAUUCUUCUGGUCCAGCUGCGGAAGCAGUAGAGGCUGCAAACAAGAGUGGCUUCAGCUUUUUCCCCCCGGCACCAGGCAAAGAGAGCCCUCUGAGGUGGGGUGGAAAGAAAUUUGAAGAGAUCCCCAUAGCUCACAUCAAAGCCACGUAUAACAACACUCACAUCCAGGUUGUCUCCCACGACAACGUCUCUUUGGCCCUGUCCACCUGCGGCACGGAAGGGUUCAAGAACGCCAAGAAGGCCACUGGCAUUGCAGCACAGACUACCGGGAUCGCAGCUGCAGCAAAAGCCUCUGCUAAGGGUGUGUCCCACAUCCGAGUUGUGGUGAAGGGCCUGGGACCCGGACGAAUGGCGGCUAUCAAAGGACUGACCAUGGGUGGUUUGGAGGUGAUCUCCAUCACAGACAACACCCCGAUCCCCCACAAUGGCUGCCGGCCUCGAAAGGCACGGAGGCUAUGAUCAGGGGCAGGGUUCGAAGAGAAAGACUGUGUUCAGUAUUCGUGGAUCUCUCGUUCUGAGCCAGCUUCCGUGGCCAUCUUGAGCUGGCAAUGCUGCUCUUCCAUCCAAACCCAACACGGAGACGGCCUAGCGUUUUGCUCCGUCGUAGGACGAGCAGGAGAUUAUUUUUAUUUUCUGAACAAGUAACGUCUAUAAAAUCUGCAUGUUAAAA